ACUCUUACAUUAAUUCCUGAUUAGAAAAAGCUUGAAGCCCUAUACCCUCAACCGAAAUAUCUGAAGUCUAUCAUUUAAUUUAGCCAAACGCAAAAGCACUUUUACAAAAUGUUGCGCUACGUUUACUCGCAUGGUUUACGAAUACCUAUAUCAUCAUUGGUGAAAGUUUCUGCUGCCGCUGCUUCGUCUUCAUCGUCAUCAGCAACAGCAACCGCGAAUCAAUCCAGUGAUCAAAAAGUUUACAGUUUCACAUCCAGAUUACAGUCAUUAGCAGAUAAAAGUAAAAAUGAUAUUUUAAUGAAUCGUGACCCCUAUUGUCCACCGAUGGAUGUUGAAUCACGUAUUCAAGCCUUGAGCGAGAAGUUAUUUAACCUAAAGUCUUCUACGAAUGAUAAUAAUGAGAGUGCCGACCACCAUCAUCAACAUCAUCAGUGGAAGGAGUAUCGUUUUCAGGAUAAUGCUGAAAAAUACAAAAUGUUUACCGCAUGUAUCAAUGAAUUCAAACACAAUAUCGCUAACAGCUACCUUCAUGAAAUCAAUACAAUCGGUGAAUUAAUUGACUACUUUUCAACAGUAGUCGAAACACCUGAUUUCUUAUAUAAAAUAACAAAAGAUUCACAAGAUGGUAAUAUUGACUUACCGGCAAACUUGAGCAUACAAGUUGAACCUUUACGUUAUAAUCCAAAUGAAGAUACAUUUUUCAAAGUUAACGCCUAUCCUGGUCGUUCAACGAUUGUCAGUGAUUUAGCUGCCUCGAAGAAACAUCCUAGUUAUCGUGUUAGUCGGAUGAAACGUCUUCGAAUUGAAUAUGAAGAUAUGUAAUGGUGACAACGCCAUCCACUCAUCCAUCCAAUAUUGUAUAGUUAAACUUGUAAAUAGAAUUUACUUUCACUGAAAUACACAUAUAUUCUAUUCUUAGUAAAGAA